CAACAAGUUAUUCAAAAACUUUGUGAUGAACUUGGAGAAAUAGAAGAAAUAACAUCUGCAUCAAAUAAUCUUCUUCCUUCUAACAUAGAAACUUUAACAUGCUCUUAUAAGAAAUACCUUCAACAAUAA